AUGAUUAUCACGGAUCUAGACAAAGUCUUUAUAAGCUCCGAUGCAAGGCCAAAGCAACACCACGUAGAAGAGGCCCGGAGAAUUGUGAGGCAGAACUCGAAGUACAGAAACGACCCGGGAUACAGAUACUUUCUUGGAGAAGUUGUCACGGGCCUUUGCAAGGGAUGCAGCAACGAGGAGAUCUUUCGGCUGAUCAGAUCACUGCAGAAAAUGAUAAAGCCUAGAGUUAGAGAGCUUGGCGAGGACCUGCACUUUGAAAAAUAA